GACGGACGCGCUCUGAGCUCUGGCAGUAGAGAGCGACCAUGGAGGUUUUCCGUUUCCACAUAGCUGACUAUAUCGUGGGGGUUCUUGUGAUGCUGGUGCCUGUGGCGAUUGGCGUGCUGUUCGCUGUCAGGGACAAGGACAGAGCCACCAGGGAGGAGUACCUGUUGGGUGGUCGGCAGAUGCACCUACUGCCGGUUUCCAUGUCCAUCUUCAUCACAUUCCAGUCAGCCAUCUCCCAGAUCGGUAUUCCCAGCGAAGUGUACAUGUACGGAUCUAUGUACAUUAUUCUUGGCAUUGGCCUCGCCCUGAGCUACAUUGUGGGUGUGUACACUCUGGUGCCCCUCAUGUAUCCCUUGCGACUCACCAGCAUCUACGAGUACCUCCUCUUGAGGUACCGAUCCAAUACAGUUCGAAUGCUGAGCACUGUCAUUGGUAUGCUCACCACAGUUUGCUACAUGGCUAUUGCUCUACUGUCUCCAGCCCUUGCAUUGCAGUUGUGUUUGUGCUUAUUUUUUUCUUACCCUUUUUUCCACUGUUUCCAGGCCUCAGCUGGUAUUCCAUUGUGGAUGUCUGUGGCUAUAGUCGGUGGUAUCGGCACAAUCUACACUACCAUUGGAGGCAUCAAAAGUGUAAUCUGGACAGACGCCUUCCAGACAGUCAUUGUUUUCAUUGGCAUCUUCACCAUCAUCAUAAAGGGUGUGUGGGAAGUAGGCAGUGUGUCAGAAGUGUGGGAGACUGCUCAGGCAGGUCAGAGGACUAUUUUGAACGUCAUUGAUCCUGACCCGCGUGCACGUCACUCCUACUGGGGCUGUCUCAUCGGAGGUCUUUUUAUCUGGUUGGUGAACGGGUUCAAUCAGUCAACGAUACAACGUGUAGGGGCGAUGAAAACCAUCAAGGCAGCCAAGCAGUCCUAUCUGCUCAACAUUCCCUUCAUCAUCGUCUACAACUUUAUCCUUGUCGUAGUGGGCAAUAUAAUCUACGCCUACUUUGCCCACAAACGGUGCGAUCCUUACGAGUGCUUUGAAUUCACUAAGGAGUUGGUCUUUCACUCCAUAUUCUUCCACAUUCUGCCACUGCCUGCCCCUGUCGACUCGGCCAGAUGCCUUCUCUUGGUCCACAAACGCAACAUCCAGCUCUCUGCUGUGUUUUAUCUCUCUAUUGUCUCUGUGCGAAUGGACAGCGAUAGAAGCUAUAUCAACAACAAGAACCAGAUGGCGCCAUUCUUUGUCCUGGACGCCUUGAACGAUAUGCCUGGGAUGCCGGGCCUGUAUGUCGCUACACUGUGUUGUGGCUCCCUCAGCACUCUCUCCUCAGGCAUUAACGCUCUAGCAGCAAACACCGUAGAGGAUCUCUUCAGUCACCACUUGAAAUCUUUCAAAGAGGGUACCGUAAUUUUUAUCACAAAAGUCGCCGUGCUAUUUUUCGGAUUUCUGAUUGUUGGACUAGCGUACGGAGCCAAAUAUCUACAGGGCCCUGUCACUCAGAUGGCUACUUCAAUCUUCGGGGCGUGUGGGAGUCCAGUGCUGGGAAUCUUCAUCAUAGGGGGAUGUGUGCCUUGGGCGAACAAAUAUGGCGCUCUCGCUGGUUCAAUUGUAUCUCUGAUCUUCAACUUCUGGGUCACAGUUGGAAAUCGUAUGUAUGGACGAAAGCUUCCGGUACUGAAACCAGUUACGACAGACAUGUGUUUUGGAAACUCGUCCUCAGUCGUAGCCAGUGGAUUCAACAUGACCACAACUGCGUCAAUGAUGCUCAGUUCUUCCCCAGGUGCCGGGUCUCCAUCCGAGGGGAAACUGUUGGAUGACAGCGCUUACGACUAUGGUUUCUUCAUGUACGAUGUAUCUUACGAGUGGUACAGUUUUAUGGGGACGGUCGUGUGUGUCAGUAUCGGGCUGACAGUCAGUUACAUAACCAGGUCUCUAGAUUCGGUGCCCAAGGGUACUGAACCUGCGCUUAUCUUUCCGUUUCUACGAAGAUUCUGGGGCUUGGAGGAAGAACCUAAUAUUCACAGAGAACUAAGAACUAUUGAAUUAGAUAUUGACACGAAUGAUACAGAAAAGCUUGCGCUGAACACAGAUGCUCCUGAACUUGACAUGGGGGAACAAGAUGAAAAACUGCCACUCGAAGAGAAUGAUGCUGAUGACAGCUGCAAUGGGAAAAACCGACUAACCUGUGCAGACCUGUCGUUCAAACUAGAUUUAUGUCACGCGAGAAAAUGCAAGCAGGACAUAUUAUUAGCUGCUUGUGAGCAUGGUAGUCCUACUUCGGGGUCAAAUAAAUAUAAGGAAGCUAAUCACAAUAGAAAUUGUGGAGAGGACGACCCGAGCCCACAACUGAAAAGCAUGUUGGAGUGCACAAGAUUGAAGACAGGAAUAAAUGCUCUGGCAGCAAAUACUGUUGAGGAUAUUUUGGGACAGCCCCUCAGCUCGGUCAAAGAAGGAACGGCAACUUUCAUCACCAAAAUCGCUGUGCUCAUCCAUGGCGCAGUCAUUGUCGGACUUGCUUACGGAGCACAGUACCUCCAGGGUCCUGUAACCCAAAUGGGGGGAACUGUAUUCGGAGCCUGCGGAAGUCCCGUCUUGGGCAUCUUCCUCAUGGGCGCCAGCAUACCCUGGGCCAACAAAUACGGUGCCUUAGUAGGCGCCAUAUCCUCUCUGUCCUUUAACCUCUGGUUGAGCAUCGGUAACCGGUUGUAUGGUAGGAAACUGAGAACAUUUGAUCCUGUACCUACAGAUAUGUGCUCAAGUAACUACACAACUUUACCUACUUAUCCAACUAUUGCAGAAAGUUUCGGAAAUAACUCUUACAUAAACAAUUCCUUCAUUCGUCAUGAUAUUUUGAGUACUGCCCUGGAAGUGACGUCUCCUGUAAUUUCAGAUAGCAUUGACGAAAGCGCCUAUGAGUACGGUUUUUUUCUAUAUGACAUUUCCUAUGAAUGGUACAGUCUACUUGGCACAAUUGUAUGUGUAAGUACUGGCCUGUUGGUCAGUUACGUAACCCGCUCUCAGUCUUCUACUUCCACUGAUCCUGCACUUAUCUUUCCCUUUCUCCGAAAAUUCUGGGGCAUGGAAGAGCAUCCACCUACCAUGAUGCAUCCAGGGGAGUUGGAACUGGAAAUUAUGGCCAACGAUCAAAAGACUGAAAAUGGCAACGAUGUAAUGAAGGACAAGGAACGCCUUAUGUCUCAGACAUGA